AUGGCGACCCCAUCCAUGCCCGCCCGUGGAGAUCGAACGGCCCCGACCUUUGACCCCCAUCAACCCCGCGAAUUGAGACGAUAUUUCUCCGAUCUGGACUUCCACUUCGUUCGGUCUGCGGUAGUGGACGAACAAGAAAGAAAGAAACACGCUUGCCGAUUCCUGGAUGUCGACACCUGUGAGCUUUGGGAAUCGCUCACCACUUUCACCGACGCCACGAAGACCUUCAAGGAGUUCUGCGAAGAGGUCUUCAGGCUAUACCCCGGAUCGGAGGAAGAACGCAAAUGGUCGGUAUCGGAUAUGGACAAGCUAGUCGGCGAAACGAGCAGGGUCGGCAUCUUGUCUCUCAGCGAACUCGGCGACUAUCAUCGGCGAUUCCUGGCGAUCACGGUAUUCCUCCUCAGCAAGGCACGGAUCUCGGUCGCCGAACAAGGACGCGCCUUCGCUAGAGGAUUCCAACCGGAGCUAUGGGCAAGAAUCUCUCAACGUCUACAACUCAAGUUCCCCGAUCAUUUCCCAGACGACCCAUACAACCUCCAAGACAUCCACGACGCGGCCCGAUUCGUCUUGCACGGCACCACGUCCGCCUACAGCACGACCUCUACCGACAUCUCUCGAGCAGCCCCCGCCGCGCCGCCCACCAACGCAAUCAAAGCCGAAGACCUGGCAACCAUGUUCGAACGACUCACCGACACCUUUGUCAAGGCCAUUGCAGCUCAAGGGACGUCCAGACCAGCCGAUCGACCAUCCCGACAACCAGGACAAGGCAGCGACAACUGCAUGUUCUGCGGCAGUCCCGAACACUUCAUGCGCGCCUGUCCCGAGGUCACCGAAUACAUUCGGAUCGGAAAAUGCAAGAGGAACAUCGAGGGGAAGGUGGUAUUGUCAAGUGGGGCAUUCGUACCGAGAGAAAUCACGGGUAGUAACCUGAAGGACCGAGUUGACGAAUGGCAUCGCAGGAAUCCAGGCCAGUUGGCGACCGGACAGAUGAUGUUUACGGUAAACGCGGUGCCGACUCACCCGAUGACGAUAGCCUCCCGUCACGAUUCACCCUCAUUACUGGAUGUCACCCCGACUUACCAACUCACCGACAUCCAGCGAAUCGCGAGCCUCGAACGCGAACUAUUCGCGCUCCGAACGCGGGGAGCAAGGGCACGCGAAAUGGCGCAGACAGGACGUUCGGCACCUACCCCUUCACCGGCCCCCGAACGACGAGCGAGGACCGAAACUCCCGAACCCGAACCCCGACCGACCACCCCGACUCAGCGACCGCCCCCGGUACCAGCCAAGGACGAUGCUCCGAUCCACCCAUAUGCCAAAGCCCAGGACGCCACCUAUGCACCGCCACACGACCGCAACAUGGGAGCCCCGGCGAAGAUACCAUCGGCAAAGAAGGACGCUCCGGCCUACAAAACCACGGCGCCGAUCUACGACGAGAAGGUAGCAGCUGAGGUCUACAACAGGGCGAUGGCCACUCAGGUAAGGGAAGCCACGUCGGCACGCCGAUCGCCUGCCAGAGACGCCAGCAAUGUUCGGACCUUCUACCAAGAUGCCGAUCUACCCUACGCCAUCGACGACCUCGAACCACCGACUCGACCGACCGUCUCCUCCUUCGUCAAUGUCCUGCACCAACCGGAAUCACCCCCGCCUGGCGCGAUCAUCAUCCCCGACAUGUACGAAACGUACCUGAAGAAUCUACAGCCCGGUCAGGUUCCUCAGCCAUUGAUAGUUGCUAAAGAAUCGUCUGCCCUAAGGUCUAUUGUUCCCCUCGUCGAUCAUCAGCAGGAAGUCGAAUGCGUCAUCGACCCGGGUUCACAAGUCAUUGCCAUGUCGGAAGGCAUUUGCAACGAACUGGCGCUCAUCUACGACCCCGAAAUCGUCCUCAAUAUGCAGUCGGCGAACGGCGAAAUUGACCGAUCCUUGGGCCUGGCACGCAACGUGCCAUUCCUCAUCGGCGACAUCACCCUAUACCUCCAAGUCCACAUCAUUCGGAACCCCGCCUACGACGUUCUCCUCGGUCGGCCAUUCGACAUCCUCACCGAAAGUAUCGUCAAAAAUUAUUCAAACGAAGACCAGACGAUCACCAUCAGCGACCCGAACACGGGACGACGAGCCACCAUUCCGACGAUCAGACGAGGACCCCCUCGAGUCCUUCACCGAAGACAAGCGGGUUUUCGCGACUCGAUGAAUUGA